GAGACGUACGCAUACGUGUCGUCAGUCUUCGGGACACUGCUAAGGGACAAUACUUCUCAGUGAUUUAUUCAGAGUUUUUUCGACUUUUUCGCGAUUUUCAUUCUCCAUGACUUCGUAAAGUUUUGAAAGAGAACUGAAUAAUUGCCAGUUUUGGGUUUACGCACUUUCGCAUUUUCCGACCUCCGAAGUGUUGAAUAUUUUUUAGUUGAAGUGCAUUAAAAUUUUGUACAUCUUAAAUUUUUAAAAUAAUCAGGUUUUGUGUCUUAUCAUACCAUACAGUCACAUGGACAUAAGUUUCAUGCCGGUUUUACAUUUUUGAAUCGUAUUUUUCCCAAACUCAUUUGUUUGUGUAAUGAUGUUUAUGCUGUUUAAUUCAUUUAAGAUGCUGAUAUUUUCAGUAAUUUGUACUUUCGUUAUACCUCAGUUGGUGUCAGGAAGAGCAACCGAGAGCCCUGCUCUGGCCGAACUGCGCCAGGUUCUUGCGACAGACGACCCGUGCACCCUUGAGGCGGGAACGAAAGCGCCAGUCUACGGGCAGAAGCACCUAUGCGCGGAACUAUUCCAAAAGUUCUUCACCCUGCCGGUGGACCAGCGGCACAACUGCUCGGACGCCAUGGACUCGGACUGCCGGAAAGUGGGCGACAAGUGGAAAUGUACGGUCCUCACAUGGCCGAUGGGUAAAAUGGUCAACGCCUCCGUCUACGAGACGCAGCCCCUAGCCGCGUGUCUGAGCGGCCUCAAGGAAUAGAUCAGCCAAUAGGAGAACCAUGGGAACACGAUCACGUGGGUCAAGAUACUCAAAGGGAGGUUCUCGCCACCACCGGGAGGAACUAAGUUCACAAUUCCCCCUCAUAUUUGAACAUGGAAAUGGAGGAAUCUGCACUGAAAACAUCUUUCAAACUCAGGGCAAGGGCCUGGAGGUCUUGUCUAGAGUGCUUGACAUGUUAACAGGCAUGUCUGCUUAUAGUUACUUUCCAGACAAAGUAUCACAAGCGCCAUGUGACGUUUAAAAAUUUCCGCCGCCAUUUCAUAUGUUUACAGAAAAAUUGUUUAAUAAAGCUGGCCAAAAAGUGCAUUGAACUUUCUUUGUGCUGCCGAUAUAAUUCGGUGAAAUUCUCAAACACAUUCAAUCAACAAUUUCUCUGUAAAAUAAGAAAAUGGCGAAGGAAAUUUUGAAAUGUCGCAUGACGCUUGUGAUACUUUGGCGGGAAGGUAGAUGAUAUGGAGAUAUUAAAGCCCAAACGACCGCUAACCUUUUAACACAAAAAAUGUCACUGCCAAUCUUCAGAUUAACACUUCGAAACAGGAUGGUCAAUAAUACUCUUAAACAAGGGUUCUUCCGCAAAAGUGUGUGAAAUGUCCGACAUUUUGUCAUCUCUCGAACUCAGUAAUUUAUUAAUUUAUUAUAAUUUUAUAGUUUUAUUGAAGUUGUAAUUUUAAACAAAA